AACGCUUAUUUCAGAGAAGAAAUAUUUUUCUUUACAGAAGAUCCUGACAAAGCGGCUUGGAUUAUUAUUUAUAAAAUACAAAGGACCUCAUAAGCAACGAUGUAUGCUAGGACUAAUACCGGCAGCUCACAUGGAGAUUUUCCUGACAGAAAUGGAGUGAAUUAUGUGACACCGACAGAAUCUUUUGGCCAUUGCUCCCAAUUAUUCUGGAAAAAGGAUCCACACGACUCGAGUUCAACCAUCAACUGGUGUGAUCAGCUCCCUUCAUCGUCAGCUGCGCUCUCAAGCUCCAGUCUCUCUUCAGCCUCUCUGUCCAGUUCCAGUCUCUCCUUAGAAUCCAGAGCGCCAGUACCAGCAACAUCCGCAUCGGAUGACAUGGAUUCAGAUGAGAGGCCAUAUGUCUGUGACUUGUGUAACUGCGCCUACAAACAUGCCAGCUCCUUGCUCAACCACAAGCUCACUCACAAGACUGGAGACUUCAGAUGCGACUUUUGCAGCAAGCCCUACACCAACUACAUGUCUUUGCGUAACCAUAUGCGAAUCCAUGGUCAGAAGCGCUACAUGUGUGAUCGUUGUGGGAAGGCCUUUCGUUUGGCACGGUAUCUCCGGAACCACCAGAGGAUCCAUGAUGAUGGGCCGAACCGAUUUGACUGCCCUUCCUGCUCCAAGAGUUACAGGACAAUGCUAGAGCUGGCUCAACACCGUUGUAGUGCUGCAACACCCAGCCAGUCUGGCAGUCGUCGUUCAAAUUUCUCUACCACACCUCGCCGUCAGCAGCAGCGGCAACAACAGCAGAACAAUGCCUCCUCCAUACUGCAAUCGCAGCACGGAGGACACAGUCAACAGGAACCUCUGCCCUCUCACUGCGUUUCCCCUAUGUCCCAGGGAGGCCAGAGUGGUGGCGUGAGCCAAUCUGUCCCUGAUUCUCACCAGGGCCGAGCCAGCACUGUGUCAUCCCAGAGCAGCCAGUCAAGUAUGAGGAGCUCAACCUCCUCCAAACACAUCUCCUCCUCCAGCACUACAGCACCAUCCUCCUACUCUCUUCUCCAGCCCCUGGUGCCUGAGGUAAAGGAGAUGAGCUUGGGAUACACUAGGCUGAGCGCCAAUCUCAUGCCGAAGCACCAGGACACUUUCUCCCUGACACCUCAGCGGCCCCUCACCACUAUCAACCCCAUUGGCCACUCCCUCCAUCCGAACGGAGCGACAACACUCAAGCCUUCACCCGUGCCACGUACCAUCCAGGCUAUGCCGUGGGAGCAGCGCUCGCUCUACAAUCAAUAAAAAUUCAGGAACCAGCGUCCCUCUUCAUCGCUCAUCCAACACACAACCCCCCACUCUUCUUUCCCUCGACUUUGCCGCUUCCAAAAUUUAAGGACUGAGGACAUCAACCACCGUUUGAAUGCCAGAGUGAGCUCAUUUUGGGACAUGCUUGUGGCAAUGGAAAACGGCAACCAUUCUGAACUAGUUGAGAUAAUUACUGAAUAGUUAGAUUUUUGUUUGUUUGUUUUUUUACAUCUCGCCCCUCGUGUAUGAUGCAUACUGGUCAUCAGUUAACAUCUGUGAUUUCAUUCAGAAUGAGUCUCCACACCUUCCUCUCCUCAUGGAACAUAAUAUAUGCUUCUGCUAAUUCUAUGGAUAUGAAAUCCAUUUGAAUGGAAAUAUUCCAUUGCCUGUUCAACCCAAUAUUUUCAAGACUUGUUCAACCCAAUAUUUUCAAGACUAGGCAGGUCAACAACUUUUUCCCGUUUGUUCUUUCUGAACUUCUGCAAUUUAAAAAAAAAAUGUUACUGAGCACUCUUACACCCCUCGACUUUGUGCCACAAUGUACAUACAGUGUACAUUAUUCAUAUCAGGACUACUGAAUGAAAUAUACAUCUUUAGUCUUACCCGUAGAUAAAUAUUGAGGAACUGCUGUCGUCGCAAGGAUACUUUCCAGACUAGUCUGCUCACACUUCAGCCCUUUCAUCAAUCUUUUAUACAAAUUGUACAUUUAUUUCAACAAGAUGUACGCAUUAUAAAGUCACAUUUGGCUCGUGGCUUGUACCUAAAAUCCAAAAGAGAACACUGAGAUACCUUUCAAAUUAAAGCACUCUGACAAAUUUAUACUUGUGACACUUAUAUAUUAAACGUUGUACUUUUCCAGAGCCAGUACCAGCUAGUAUGUUGUUGUGAGCCAGUUUCUGCCCACAUUACAAUUGCAUUUGGGAAAAAAAAGGUUUCUCUGUAGCUCAGGACCUACACACUACCCUAAAAUGGCUUAUUACGUGAUGAAAAAGCACCAGGGUAGAGUUUCAUUUCGCAGCUAGUUUGCUAAAUAAUUCCACAUACUGUACAUCUGUAGUUGGAUGUGACAGUGACGAGAUCCAGGUUAGUUUGAUAAAGUUUCACGAUGGAUCCUGUAUGUAGCUCGGUUACAUUUCUGUUAAAAGAUCCCAAAAUCCUACUGACAUUUUUUCUUUUAUUUCUAUUUUUUAUUAAUGUCAUGAUGUUUUCUCUUUCCUUGUUAAGUGUCUUGAGUAUUUAGAAAAGUACUAUACAAAUAAAAUGUUUUAUCACCA